AUGACCGGCAUUUUGGUGCCGGAUUUGCUCCGUCCCUGGCUUCUGCCUUCUCUAGAAGCUCCAGAUGUGGUCUUCCUCUGUUCUGUAUCCCGAGGGUUGCGAGAGGAGUUGAAAUGGCUACAAUCUUUUUCGGUAAAAUUCAGCCGCGCGCUCUUUAUUGACGAGGAUGUCAUUGAAUCCUUAGCACAGACCAUUCAUGGAAUGCCCUGCUUAAGGCACUUGAGCGUUUGCCUGGCAUACCAGCAUAGUUCGACAUUUUCUAGCACCCUAGCAAGCAGCCUUUGCGGGCUGCAGCUGGUCAAACUCACCCUGGAUAUCAGACAUUGCAAUUUAGGUGAUCAAGGCAUUCAAGCAUUCACCAAGACAAUAGCUCAACUACAUUCUUUGACAUUCCUGCAGCUUCGUCUCAGCUUCAAUCGGAUCUCAAGGAAAGGUGCCCAGGAUCUGGCCGAUGCGUUCAAGAUCCGAUGUGGUACGCACGGUAUGACCGAUGUGGUCCUUGAUGUCGAUAUCAAUCCGAUUGCAGAUGGUGCAGUUGUCCUUCUGCGUUCACUUGGAGUCCGUCGACUUCGUCUGGACAUGGCUCAUUGCAGGAUUGGAGAUACAGUUGCGGAAGAGUUGGCUUCCGCCCUGAGGAACGCAGAAGACAAUCCAAAUCCUGUCGUAUACGGUGGUGGCCAGACUAUUCAGUUCCGCUCGUUGCAGGAGCUGCUUGAAAUCACUGACUUGCAAGACGAACUAUCCCCGCAGGAGAUCUUUGAAAGUCUGCGCCAUCUUACAGACCCAGAGCAUCCGAAUUUGUCUUUGGAGCAGCUCAAGGUCGUGGAAGCAGGCCACGUUUGGGUCAAUGAGGACAGCAACACAGUUUUUGUGCGCUUCACACCAACUGUUCCUACGUGCAGCGUUGCCACCCUGAUUGGGCUGACAAUCAAAGCCAAGCUGCUGCGGUCACUGCCACAGCGAUACAAAGUUGAUGUUGAGAUCACUCCGGGAACUCACAAUACCGAAGAUCAGGUGAACAAACAGCUUGCAGACAAGGAGCGUGUUGCUGCUGCCCUAGAGAAUCCAGCCCUGCGCAAUCUCAUCAACAACGGUAUUGCCGGAACCGACAGACCUGAUGCCACCCUGUUGCUGGCGUAG